UAAAAAGGAAAAACAAAGCGAUAAAACCUAAGGAGAAGGAAAACUCUUUACUUCUCUAUCUCUGACGGUGCAGUAGUCCGUCUUUGAGCCUCCCUCUCUGCAUCUCUCAUCUUUGAAUUGAAGCUCUCAUAUCUAUAGAACACAAGUUCGAUCGAAUUAGGAUCGAAUUGAAUUGGGAAGUUAAUUGGGUGUGUGCUGCCAAAUUUGAAAGGAACACAUUUACAUUUGUUUUUGAAUUGUUGAGAGCAGAAGGGUCGCCAAGUUGGUUUUUGUCAUCUCCAGAUUUUUUUAGGAUGGACAGAAGUUGGAUGUUCUUACGAGAUAGGUUUCACCACCCUGAUUUCACCAACGGUUUGAAAACAUUUUUGAGUGCUGCGGAACAACAUUUGGAUCAUGAAAAUAAGACACGUUGCCCCUGUUUUAAAUGUCAAAAUGCAUUGCCACGUCUUACUUUACAAGAGAUACGUAGGCAUAUAUUGGUAAAUGGGUUUGCACGACAUUAUACGACAUGGACAGAGCAUGGAGAAGAUUAUAGUGAUGUGGCAAACGACCAAAUGGAUGUGGAAAUUGAAACUGAUAGCGAGGAUGAUGAUGACAAUACUUUGGUGUUUGACAUGUUAAAUGAUGUUCAAGGGCCUACAAAUAUGGAGAUGGAUGAUGAGGAGGCAAGUAUUGACAACAAUACUCAUGCAAACAAAUAUGACUAUUUGUUUGAUGAAGCCCAACGAGAAUUGUACCCGGGUUGUACAAAGUUCUCUGCAUUGUCUUUUAUUUUAAAGUUAAUGCAUGUCAAGGUACUUGGUCGUUGGAGCAAUAAAAGCUUCAAUAUUUUGCUCAAAAUGUUAAAAGACUCGCAUCCAGAAGGUGCAUCUAUACCAGCAUCGCAUUAUGAAGCCAAAAAGAUGUUGCGAGAAUUAGGUUUGGGGUAUGAAUCUAUACAUGCAUGCAAGAAUGAUUGUGCAUUGUUUUGGAAAGAGAAUGAGAAACUUGAUAAAUGUCCAGAGUGUAACGAGCCGAGAUACAAGUCUACUGAUGGAAAGCGUAAGAAAGUUCCACAAAAAGUAUUGCGCUAUUUUCCAUUGAAACCAAGACUGAAGAGGUUAUUUAUGUCGAGACAUACGGCGACUGAUAUGAAAUGGCAUAAACGAAAAAGACAGAAUGAAGAGGGUUUUCUACGGCAUCCAGCUGAUUCUGAAGAAUGGAAAAAGUUUGAUGAGGAGUAUCCUGAUUUUGCUGCAGAUUGUCGAAAUGUUAGGUUGGGGCUUGCUACAGAUGGUUUUAAUCCAUUUGGAAACAUGAGCACUAGUUAUAGUAUGUGGCCCGUUAUGCUAGUGCCAUAUAAUUUGCCACCUUGGAAGUGCAUGAAAGGAAUGUUUUCUAUGAUGUCAUUGCUUAUACCUGGUCCUCGAGCACCUGGAAAAGAUAUUGAUGUAUAUCUUCGUCCAUUAAUAGAUGAAUUGAAAGAAUUAUGGGAGGUUGGGGUUGAAACUUUUGAUGUUUCUGUUGGGAAAAAUUUUAAUCUGCGGGCAUGUGUGUUGUGGACUAUAAAUGACUUUCCUGCUUAUGGAAAUUUAUCUGGAUGGAGUACUAAGGGGUACAAAGCUUGUCCUGUUUGUAACGAAGAUAUAACUUCAGAGGGGUUGAGAGGAAAAAUAUGUUACAUGGGUCAUCGAAGAUUUUUACCUCUUGAUCAUGAGUGGAGAAGGAGUAAAGAUUUUAACGGUUUAGCUGAAAAUCGUCCUCCUCCUAGAUUUUUUUCUGGGGAUGACAUAUUAAUGCAAUUAGAUCAUGUUUACAAAGCUAAACCUGGUAAAUAUCCUGACAAUCCAGAUCUAAAGCGGCAACGUGGGCCUCAUGAGCUAAAUUGGACCAAAAAAAGUAUUCUUUUUGAGUUAGAGUACUGGUCAAAGCUUAGGUUGAGACAUAAUAUUGAUGUGAUGCAUGUUGAAAAAAAUAUAUGUGAUAGUGUCAUUGGAACUUUGUUGGAUAUUGAUGGAAAAACAAAAGACACAAAAAAGGCUCGUUUAGACUUGGCAGAUAGGAAGAUAAGGAAGGGAUUGCAUCUCAGACGUCAAGGUAAUAAAUUGAAGAAGCCUCAUGCUAGAUAUGUGCUAAAAUUGGAAUAUCGUAGACUUUUCUGUAAGUUUCUCAAAUUUGUCAAAUAUCCUGAUGGGUAUGCUGCCAACAUCUGUAGAAAUGUGAACAUUGUCGAUGGAAAGAUACAUGGACUAAAAAGUCAUGAUUGCCAUGUUUUACUUCAACGUCUCCUCCCUGUUGGUAUUCGUUCGUAUUUGGACAAGGAUGUGUGCACUGCACUUGUUGAGCUGUGCAUUUUCUUCCAACAAUUAUGUGCGAAAACUUUAAAAGUAUCAGACUUGGAAAGAAUGGAGAAAGAGAUAGUUCUGAUACUUUGCAAAUUGGAGAGAAUUUUUCCACCGGCCUUUUUUGAUGUAAUGGUUCACUUGGCAGUCCAUUUACCUCGUGAAGCUAUGCUUGGAGGUCCUGUUACCUUUCGGUGGAUGUAUCCUAUUGAGAGGAAUUUGGGAACAUAUAAAAAGUAUGUUACAAAUAAAGCUCGACCUGAAGGUUCAAUUGCAGAAGCAUAUAUUGUUAAUGAAGCAGUUACAUUCUGUUCUAUGUAUUUUCGUGAGAUUGAAACCCGUUUCAAUCAAGCAGAACGGAAUGUUGAUGUAGAACAUGACCAAGUAGAUGGUGAUUUAUCAGUGUUCUCUCAAAAAGUUCGUCCAUUUAGUGGAAAAGAAUAUAUAUUACUGGACCGGAAGGAAGUGGAUAAAGCUCAUUGGUAUGUGCUAUACAAUUGUGAGGAGGUGCAACCUUAUCUCAAGGAACAUGAAGAUGAAUUGAGGCAAACAAGUAAUGCCAACCUGUAUAAAAGACAAGAAGAAGAGUUUCCUACUUGGUUUGAGAAACGAAUAACUAGCAUGAGAGAAAGUGGAUUGGUGGAUGCAACUGAUAAGCUUUAUUCUCUAGCUUGUAAACCGGAUUUACGUGUUCAUACAUACACUGGUUGUAUUGUUGAUGGAGUUCGAUUUCAUACAAAAGAUCUUGACGAUCAUCGAACCACACAAAAUAGUGGGGUAUAUGUUUCCGGAGUUUUCACUGGUGGAAGUCAUGAUUAUUAUGGUGUUUUGCUAAGUAUUGUGAAGUUAAUGUACUUAGAUAUAAAUCAGGUCUUCUUAUUUAAGUGUAAAUGGUUCAACACCGACGAAUCAAGUAGGGACGAAAGGAGGAGAAUGAUACGAUAUGAUUAUAAUCUUACUAGCAUUAAUACAAACACUACGUGGUAUGAUGAUGAACCUUUUAUACUUGCUACGGAAGCACAACAAGUAUUUUAUCUUGAUGAUUAUAAGUUGGGUUCUCACUGGAAAGUCGUACAAAAGGUGCAAUUGAGACAUGUGUGGGAUGUUCCAGAGGUUGAGGAUGCCAAUGAAGAGGUAGAUGAGGAUGGUGUUGAUCCUGUGGCAAAUGAUGUUUACCAACAAGAUGAGUUUAAUGAUAUUCAGUGGUUUGUUCGAGAAGAGGGUCUUGAAACUCCUGAAUUGCAUUUGGAUGAUAUUGAGCCGGAGGUUAUUGUUUCAAAUAUUGUGAACAAUGAAUGGAUGAACGAUGGUAGGAGCGAUAAUUUCAUAAGCAAUGAUAUUGAAGAAGAAGAAUAUGAUAUGGAAGACGAUGAUGAAGAAGAAAUCAUUUCAAGCGAUGAGGAUAGUGAUUAGUUUAUAAUAUAGCUUAAUAUUAAUUUUUUGUUAUUCAUUUUUUUUAUGGAUUAAACCUUAUUAUAAUAUGUGACGUUUUGGGAUUCAGAUUUAUAAUGACAAAUUGUAGUGGUAAUUAUUAUAUUUAUAUUUAUUUGAGGUUUAUUAAUGCCUCUUUGGCUACUGCUUUCUUAUCUAUCGUUAUAGAUUUUUUCUUCUUCUUUUUUGACAGAGAAGUUUGUUAUUUGUUGAUUUUGCAUUUUUUAUAAUAGUAGUCACAAGA